CAUAGGAUGUAACGUCGGUUGAUUGAAACAACGUUUUAUUUCUGAGUUAUUUCUUUAUUGUUCAACUUCUCCAACAUACUAUUGUCUUAUGCCACUGCCUUGCACUAUACAACUGCCUUGCACUAUUACAACUGCCUUGCCACGUCAACUAUAGGGUCAAAAACACAAAAAACAAAUAAACAAUAUUUGUCUUACAACUUCAAAACGCCUAUGCGAAAAACCAACAAAUCCAGGAAAAAAUUGGAAAUUACAUAAACUGGCCACGAGAGGGCGCUGUUGCUUACAGCUCAAACAAAGUUAUAUAAAACAGGCCCUAACUAUUUUACCAAGCACACCUGGCAUGAAACUAACUACUAACAACUAACCCAUUACAGAAAACCAUCCCCAAAAUUUCAGUUAUAUACUGUGAAGGGAACCCAUAAAAAUGUCCCGAGUCCACCAAGCCUAACGUACAUGAAACGCUCCCGAAAUGGCAUGACCUAGAUUACAAAGGUACGAAACUAUCCCAAAAUAAACGUACCCCGUUUAACCCCGAGAAUAACCACCCAAAUCACCAAUAAUUACAGCAAAACCAACAAUGAUAAAUUAGCAAUGCCAAAAAUGUCAUCUUACCGCUGGUUUGGGAUCCAGGGUCCUCAAAAUCUGAACACACCAACAAAAGAGAGAACAUUUUUUUACUCCAAAAACCGACUCGUUGCAAACGUCAAGAUCUUUGAUCCCGGAGUGGCGUUGCUACGCAUAGCGCCCUCAAUUGUUCAAAUUAUUAAACUUAUCCAACUCGCAACAUAGGAUUCCAGGAAUUCAAACUGCUCCUAGCCACUGGGCAAUCACGGUGACUAGUUGGUAUGACACUGCUCUAGAAUUGCAAAGGUCGUAGGUUCGAAUCCCACCCGAGUAAUUUGAUGCCUGUUAGAACGUCGAACUUGUUUUGCCGACGUCUGCACGUCCAAUGUUCGUUAGACGUUUUAGAUAUUCACCAUCAAACAUGAUUGGGAUAGCAGUAUUCGUCGGCACUUUCUGUGUUGCAUGCACCAGUGUCAUCUCUCCGAGGCGCUUUGAAUUUGAGAGAGGCAGUCGAGGGGUUGUACCUUGUCCUGCUAUGGUGGAUAGAGGCUACUCAGCAAGUGACAUCGAAGCGAUCUACUGGUUUUUCGUACCGGAGGGAAGCUCGCAUUCCCCGGAAAGUAUAAUAACAUAUUUCCACGGAGUGACUACCCAUCAAAGCAGUAACACUGAGCGGUAUGACGUUCAAAAUACUUCGUUGGUGAUCACCAAUGUAACUGGGUCAGCAGCAGGCACAUACAGCUACAGAUAUGUGUCAUGGUUAAAAGUAUCCGAAGAUGGAUCAGUUAAAGUAACUGAAAAGGUGUCCUGCAAAUCAAAACGCCCUAAGGUUUCUCAGUAUAUCGACGAUCAACUGUCAUGGGAAGGUACAGAUUCAUCGAACACAGUUGAAGUGCCAUCCGACACAGCUGAACUCAACUUGACAUGCAGAGCAGAACAUGCUAAGCCGGCCAUUAACAUCAGUUGGUUCGUCUGGUUUCCAUUUUUUAAAAGAUGGGAGGAAAUUCCCGCCAAACCUCGUGUUCAACCUGCUUCCUGCGAAACCGAAUGUUUCUUUGUAAACGGCACGUUUAACUCCGAUGUGACAUUCAUGGCAUCACUUGAAAGAAACAACGUAUCCUUCAAGUGUGUAGCACACACCAGUAGGCUUGAAGACAUCGAAGUGACGAUCAUAAAAAAACAACAUGUUUGUGUGACUGCUAACCCACAAGAAGUCGCAGAUCGUGCCAAUUCUGGCUUGAAUGAACCAACGACGCCGAUGACAAAGCUCACUAAGGGAAUAGGUACCUUUCUCAUUCUGGUGACUGCUACGAUGAACUUUGUGCUGGUGGUCCUAUUUUUGUUUUGGAGGCAUAGAUUUUCGAAGCGAUUGGACAACAAUCCAAGACACCACGAUGAACGAAAGAUGGACAACUUAUUAGACAUAAGGGUUGAUAUGAAGUAAAUUCUUUAGAAAAAUAAAGAAGUGGGAAAACGGUUCCAGAAACAACAGUCUGUUGAAUGAAAAGGGUCAGUAUAUAUUAGCCAGGAAAUCUUGGAUAGCAUGCAGCCGCAUGACUUUGGUAAUUGAAGAAUAGUAAAGCCUCGGUCACAACCCACCGUGCGUGUUUUUGUGUCCGUACGUUUUUAUGAGAGGCCACGGCCGCCACGUUUUUCUGAAAACUUUGGGAGGGAGUGGCAAGAGCAGGGAGGGAGAACUUCUUUGUGCUUUUUUGGGUGGUGUUUGGGGAGGCUCUCUGCUAUCAUUGUCCUCGGGCCCAGUGGGUUGGCAUGAAUCUGUGAGGGUGCACUCUGUGCCAAUUUUAUUUUUUAUUUUAUUUUUCUGAGGGUUUUUAGUCCAUUCUGUUUUUUUUAUUUUCAAUUGU